GCCCCCUCUACACGUCACUUCCGGUGAGGUACGGGCAGGCGCCGGAAGUGCCUCCAUAGCUGUCGGCGGGGAGGCGGGGAGCUGGGACCGACGGCGCCAUGGUGGAGGAAGUCCAAAAGCACUCUGUGCACACACUUGUGUUCAGAUCUUUGAAGAGAACCCAUGAUAUGUUUGUAGCUGAUAAUGCCAAACCUGUACCGUUAGAUGAUGAAAGCCACAAAGUAAAGAUGGCAGUCAAGUUGCGUACCGAGUAUGGCUCAGUGUUGCACAUGCCUACACUUAAAGAAAACAUGAGAGAGAAAGGAGGCCCAGCCACUGGGGAUCCAUAUGGACAUAAACAGUAUUCUGGAAAUGAAGGAGAAGAACUGGAGUAUGUGAUAACUGGCACACAUCCAUAUCCACCUGGGCCUGGUGUGGCUCUGACAGCAGAUACUAAGAUCCAGAGGAUGCCUAGUGAAUCUGCAGCCCAGUCCUUAGCUGUAUCUCUUCCUCCUUCUCAGUCCAGGUUGGAUGCAAAUCGGACAGCUGCUGGUGUGGGUGAGAUUUACAGACAUGCUGGGAUAUCUGAGCGUUCACAGCCUCCUGGGAUGUCUGUGGCUAUGAUGGAAGCUGGUGGAACCAAAAAUUCUGCAUUAGUACCAAAGAAGGCUCCAACCAUGCCCAAACCUCAGUGGCAUCCACCUUGGAAACUGUACAGAGUUAUCAGCGGUCACUUGGGCUGGGUGAGAUGUAUUGCAGUAGAACCAGGAAAUCAGUGGUUUGUUACUGGCUCUGCUGACAGAACUAUUAAGAUUUGGGACCUUGCUAGUGGCAAGUUGAAAUUGUCUUUGACGGGACACAUUAGCACUGUACGAGGUGUGAUAGUAAGUGCAAGGAGUCCUUAUCUCUUUUCCUGUGGAGAAGACAAACAAGUGAAAUGCUGGGAUCUUGAAUACAAUAAGGUUAUCAGACAUUACCAUGGUCAUUUAAGUGCUGUCUAUGGCUUAGACCUGCACCCAACAAUAGAUGUCCUGGUAACAUGUAGCAGAGAUUCAACAGCACGAAUUUGGGAUGUGAGGACAAAAGCUAGUGUGCACACGCUCUCAGGACACACAAAUGCUGUAGCAACAGUGAAGUGCCAGGCUGCAGAACCGCAAGUUGUUACAGGCAGUCAUGAUACUACCAUACGGCUUUGGGAUUUAGUGGCAGGAAAAACUCGUGUUACUUUAACAAACCAUAAGAAAUCUGUAAGAGCAGUAAUACUACAUCCAAGACAUUAUACAUUUGCAUCUGGUUCUCCAGAUAACAUUAAGCAGUGGAAAUUCCCAGAUGGAAACUUCAUUCAGAACCUCUCUGGUCACAAUGCCAUUAUCAACACAUUGACUGUAAAUUCAGAUGGAGUUUUGGUCUCAGGAGCUGAUAAUGGUACUAUGCAUCUUUGGGACUGGAGAACUGGAUACAAUUUCCAAAGAGUACAUGCAGCUGUACAACCAGGCUCUUUGGACAGUGAAUCAGGAAUAUUUGCUUGUGUUUUUGACCAGUCUGAGAGCAGAUUGCUAACUGCUGAAGCUGAUAAGACCAUAAAAGUAUAUAAAGAAGAUGAUACUGCGACUGAAGAAACUCAUCCUAUCAGCUGGAAACCAGAAAUUAUCAAGAGGAAGCGAUUUUAAUGUGACAACAUACUUGUGCUAUAAUUUUUUUCUGGCUUUUUUGAGAGCUUUCAGUCACAUUACGUUCUGCCUACCACAGAAGAGCAGGAAGUCGGCAAAUCUUUGCUUUUUCGGUGUGUUUUCUAAUACAUUUUAUUUCUUCCUUUUUGUCUUUUUUUGGUUGCGUGAUGCCAGCAAACAGGUUGCAGCUGUCAGCCUUCUCCUUGUAGAGCAUGUAUGGUUCAUGAAGAGGAUAAAUGUGCAGGUGGUUACUUUUUUAUAUGCCUCUACUGAGUGUGAAUCUGAAAAGAUUUGAUGAACUGGGUUUUCUGCAAGACCCUUGCUUUGCUCCAAAAGUAACUGAAUUUACCACAGAGUCCAUCUACAGGAAAUUUCUUGAGUGACACUUUUAGAUUUUAGAGCAAUGUUGUUUAGUGUGUAUGUGCUUAGUAAAUACUGUAAUGGAACAUUACAUGUGCUAAGUUAGAGAAUAAUAGAUUAACCAAUAAAGAUAAUGGGAUAAUACAGUAAUGUGGUUUCCUUGGAAAGCACCACACUGGCACUCCCCAGUGGCUGUGUUAUUAAAUGAAAUUGAUUUUCCAAGUGUUUCUUUCCCUAGGAAAGCUUUCAUAUGCGACUUCAUAUCUUCGCUUAUUUCAUUUUGCAGUGGACCUGAUAAUAAUGAAAGCCACUGUCAAAUUGUAUUGCUUAGUUAGCACUGGGUUGGACCAGUUGACUUGAUAAAUCACAUCUCUUGCUUUCUUUCAGUUAUCUGAAGUAUUUGUGACAUUCAGUUACAGGGAACUUCUAAAACUGAGGUCCGAAGAAAAGCUCUUAAGCGAUUCCAGCCUUAAUUUUAAUUAUUUUUGACUCCCUGUGAUCUUAAAAGGGUUUAAAGCAUGUAUAUGCACGUAUGUAUGUACACACUCUGAAAGUUUACUAAUACUCCUGAAGGGACAAAUGUGUCAUUGUGUUUACAAACAGUCGUGCAACUAGCAGUAACCACGUAAUGCUCUUUGCUACAGCUUCUCUUUGGUGUCAGUAUUGUUCUUCAUCAACUUUGUUCUUCAGAUUGCUACACUUGAGAACUAAAUAGAAAAAGAUGGGAACGACAGUGUUCUUAGAAUUAUGAAAAAUAGAAAAUUUUUAAAAACAUGGAUUGAAAACAAGCAUUCACUUUAUGAACAACCAUAAUAACAUCAGUUAUUAUAACUUUCAGGAAUUUUAAAAAAAAUUAUUUUCUUGUGAUGUUUAGAAGUAAUGUUUCAAGGGGAGAUGGGAAGGAGAGAGUGAACUACAGUAAUGUGCAGUAAUGUACAGUAAUCCCCCUCUAACCUGCUUCUCUUUGGGUAUCUGCCUGGCCUGCAACUUCUCGCUCAUACAGCGUUAGUUUUCUUGCUGUCCUAGAGCAUGGAGAAAAAUACACCGGUUAUUCUUGUAAAAAAACAAAAAACAAACAAACAAAAAAAAUAGCUAAUAGAGGGUAUUCACAGGUUGUAUCAGACACCUUUUAUUUGGUUGCUAGUACAACACUUCUUUUAUAUCAUUGCAUCUGUUUUCAUUUUAAUUAAUUUAAUGGGGGAAAAUGUAGAUUAUGGCCUGUGUGUGUUUCGGACCUGUUGCUAAUGCUUUGUUCCAGAAAUCCAUGAAGCAUUUCAUGGAUUCAGUAAAAUUUUCUUGCUUGUAGUUAAUUUUCCAUAGGAAACCAGUGUGGAGAGGAAUAACUUGGAAGAAGGUAUUUUUUUGUUGUCAUCUGUUUUUAACAGAAAUGUCUGUUUUGAUAACUUGGGAGAAGGGUGAGUAGAGGUUUCUGCUCUGUUCUUGCACAUCUUUUCUGUACUUGGUAUCAUUUUUUCCACUGCUUGUCACUUAGAAAAGAGAAGAAAAUUCCUCUGCAGAGCCUAUGUUUCUUCCGUGAAGGAAUCCACUAGCACAGGAGCAGUAGUUGCCACAAUGUUCUCUGUAGUGCUGUUGGUAAAGAUGUGGUUUGGAAGUGAAAGGCUGUCUCACCAUUGUUUUGAACUGUACUUUUCCCUUCUGGCUCUGUUAUGCUGUCCCAGUUCUAGUGUGACUUGUUUUUUUCUCAGUGUAUUCUUUGCCAUUUGAUUUGCACAUUCCUUUCCUUCCCAGCUGUGUUUUCUUUCACUAAUGUGAACAGUGUCGUAUAUACUUAUGUAAAUAUUAUCUGAGACAUCAAGAUUCAUUUAAAAAAAUAAAGUUCAUUUAAGUGCUUCUGUAAUGCAGAGUUCACCAAGAUGAUGAGCUGAUGCACACUAAUCUGAUUGUGUGGGAUUUGCCCACAUAGUCAUAAAGUAAAGCUAAAUGUGAUCCUUGAAAUACAUUUUUCAUGCUUCUGGUAAGUGCCAUGCUGCAAUGUCAGUUAAAGUAAUUUUGAAUUGGACUCUCAUCUCAGAAAAUUGGCACGUUUCAUGAAAUCUGAUGUCUCCUGAAUAUGAUCAAAUCAUAAACAUUUCUAACAAACCUCGGGUUUUGUUUUAUACUGUACAUAAUUGCACAGAAGUAAGAAAAUGGGUUUUUUCAAUGUAACAGUUUUUAAGAAUGUGUGACCACUAAAAGUGAUAAAUUCUCAGAUCGCUCUUUGCUGUAUGAUAAAGCAUAUAAUGUAAGCUUAACGGCUAGAGUGCUGUCAUUUGCUGGAGCCCAAAAGUUGUGCACGGCAGUAUGUAUUUGGCAACCUAAAGGCUUGCAGAAGUAAAUCUUCAACUGUUGGUCCUAUUAGGUAAGAGUUAAUGUGUCUGCCUGAUGUAAGUGACAGCAUUUUAGCCAUCAAUAAAACCUUCAGUAUAAUAUGA